UUUACGUCAGUUUGCGAUCACACGGUCCUUUCGUCCUCUAUGAGAAAAUUGAAUUUAGAAGCGCAAAGUCAAAAUAGUUCUUUGUGUGGUUUGUGUCGAUCUUUUGCUUACAGAUCGUCGGCUCAUGGAGUGCAGAGGAUAGCCAGUUCCCAAGAUAACGCUAGGAGAUUGAUGUGGUCGGUUGUAUUUUUAUUUGCUAUAGCGGGAUGCGGAUUUCACAGUGUUUACUUGAUACUGACUUAUUUAUCUUAUCCGCGAAUGACUAUUACUGAAGAAAUUCAUGCCGAUCAUAUUGAUUUUCCCGCAUUAACUGUUUGCAAUCUCAAUCCAUUAAAAAAGAGUUCUAUUCGAGAACAUCUUUUGGAAACUCACCAGUCCGUAUCCGAAUUUUAUAACCCGGAUAAAUACGACGACGACGACGAAAUCGAAGAGCGAGGAAUAUGUUUCAGAUCGGAAAACGAAUUUUUAAAAAAGAGUAAAACCAUGGACUUAAGUGACGUAUGGAUGAGCGUUAUUGCGACUAAAGAUAGCUUGAUGAAAUGCGGACAUCAAGCGCAGGAUUUGAUCACUCAAUGCACUUAUAAUGCAAGAAAUUGCUUUAAUGACAGUUCGACGAUAGUUUUAUUGGAUCAAUAUCCUUCGCCCCGUUAUGGUUUGUGCCAUACCAUCGUAGUCGAUAAAGAACCUUUACGAAAAGUUAAAAAGACGGGACUUUCUUUAGGAUUGAGAUUGACAUUAAAUAUAGAGCGCGAAGAUUAUUUGGACUUAGUGUCUCCCGAAUUUGGUGCACGAUUAUUAGUACACCCGAAAGGAACCUAUCCUACCCUGCAAGGUGGGGGUGUGGUAUUACAACCUGGAACUAAAACUUAUGUCGGAGUGAGAAUGAGGAAGAUCGAGAGAUUACCCGCACCUUAUCGAGGAUGUUACGAUAAUUUUCAGAGUAGUCAACUGAUUCAUUUCUUACGAAAACAAGAUCAAAGUCAAGCUCCUUUUGCCGUCAUUCACAAUGUUUACACUUACGAAUAUUGCCAAACUUUAUGUCGCGAUAUUCAUCUUCUGAAGAACUGCGGAUGCGUCGAAGAAGUAACUCCGGUAAACAAUAAAUUCUGCGAUCCCUGUAACACAACACAAGCGAGAUGUCGCACAAGAUUUUAUAGAAGUUUUACUAGAGCCAACGUAGAUCACGAUUGUCAGAAGUUUUGUCUACCCGCUUGCACGGACGUAAGAUACGAUCUGACAGUAUCGAGGUCGGAAUGGCCAAACGUUCGACAUCAAAAUUAUGUAUUGAAAAGAUGGCCAAAUUUAAGACAGAGUUUAACAGUUUUUCUUACGAAUAAAACGCUUAAAAACGGAAGUGACGAAUUAGAUGUGGAUAAUCUUAGGAAAAAUUUCUUGAGGGUUCACGUUUAUAUUCAAGAAAUGAAUUACCUAUCCGUUAGAGAUAUUCCCGCUUACACGCUGCCUCAACUCUUUGCCGAUCUCGGUGGAUGUCUGGGAUUAUACAUUGGUGUUUCCGCAAUAACUAUCGUAGAAGUGUUGGAACACAUGGCUAGUGUUAUGGCAUUUCUCUAUAAGAAAAGAAAGGAAUAUUUUCCAAAAAGUAAUUCGGUUAAAAAAUCAGAAAUAAAAAAGCGACGAACUAAUUUUCGAUUGUCCGAAAGAAGUCACGUUCAAAAAUAUUCUAAAUCGAAAGAUUGUAAGAGAGGAAAUCAUUAA